UCCCGUCCUCACCUCUCCUCCUCCUCCUCCUCAUAUCCCUCCUUCUCUCCCUCCUCCUCUUCCUCCUCUUCCUCAUAUCCCUCCUUCUCUCCCUCCUCCUCUUCCUCCUCUUCCUCAUAUCCCUCCUUCUCUCCCUCCUCCCGUCCUCACCUCUCCUCCUCCUCUUCCUCCUCUCUCCUCUUUCUCCUCAUCCUAGGACAGAUUCCUUUUAGAUGAAAAGUCAACACAGUGGAGCCUCUAACAGCUGUGGAGUCAGUGCUCAGCUCUUAGAUCUUGACUCUUUAAAGUACAGAGGACAUCACUCAAGUCUGAGGAUUGUUGCCUUGAAUAAACCAGCUGACAUGAGUUAGGAAGUAGAGUGGGACUGCAUUUCCCAGCAUGCCCUGCAGUCCCGUUAGUCCCGUUAAGGCAAACUGUAGCAGCCUAAAUCCUGUGAGUUUGACCUUUGACCUCUGAGCAGUCUGUUGCUCUAACAGUCCUGGUGUUGGUCCAUUUAGACUGAACAUGACUCUGCCCGUAGGCAGUAAUGGCUGUCAGAUGUUGGAGUUUCCCAUGUUAGCUUGAGGUUGACCCACGUCCAACACACACGCUCUGGCCGUUCUGGGUUUUAUGACUCAUCGAGCCAGACGAAGAAUCGCUGAGUCAGCAUUUGCGCUUUCAUCCUGACUUCACCUCCUUCCUUCUCUUCUUUCACAUAUUUGGAAGAAAAGAUGCUUCUGGCCUGAACCCUUACACCCUCAUGCCUUUCAUCCUGCUGAGGUUCGCUGGCGAUUAGCGGGACGAUUGAAGGUCAUGUCAACAAGUGUCUUCAUGAAGGCAGACGAGCAAAAAAAACCUAGUGCCAGAAGAAAACUGUUUAUCUGUGCGUGUGUGUGUGGAAACUACCGGAGUGGCGUCCAACAUAAACAGCAGCGCAGCUAUCGACACACAGCACAAAGCAGCCGCAGAGCUCCUCAGUGCAGCUGAAACGACCUGGGAGCGAGAAGAGCAGCCAUUCAGCCUCGCGCUGAUUCAACGCCCUGACGUCUGCGUCUCCACUUUAUGAGCCAAGCUGCUCGAACACGUCACAGAAAGGCUGCAUGUGUGAAAGCUGGCAAACAAAGAGGCUCGGCCAUCGCCAGGGAGACGCACGCAGUCCAGACGCUCAGCCACCGGACGAACGGAACCGCAGCAGGUCUCGGACCCGCACUCAGGGCGAUCAGAGACCCCCGGUGGCCGUAGGAGGGAGGACAGGCCACCUUCUCUGGGUUCAUCACCAGCAUGAGGGCACUUACGUGUGUCUAUCAGCUGGCGUUUCCAGCGUCUCCAUGGAAACAACAUCCCAUCAUCUUGGUCCGCUGUUAAAUGGACUCCGUUCAGUGGCCUGUCAGUAAAACAGCUGCUUUGUCUGUGGCGUCUCUGCUGAAGCUGCAUCAUUAUUUACGCCGUGUCACAGGCGGCAGGUUUCACGUUGCACGGCGCCAGCUCGCCCCUCCUGCCGGGUCUCAGUGGACCGGUCCUACCUGGCACAGGUGAGCACGGCUCCAGGGAGCAGAGCCCACGUCUGGCCUCCGACCCGCAUCGGCGGCAGGACAUGAGCAGGAGGCCCACGCCUUCAGGACACUGAUCUGGACCAAGCAUUCAGCCGCACCAGAACCGGAGAACCUCACGCCCAGAACCAGGUAACACCGACCUGGACCGCCAGCAUUCAGCUGCACCAGAACCGGAGAACCUCACGCCCAGAACCAGGUAACACCGACCUGGACCGCCAGCAUUCAGCUGCACCAGAACCGGAGAACCUCACGCCCAGAACCAGGUAACACCGACCUGGACCGCCAGCAUUCAGCUGCACCAGAACCGGAGAACCUCACGCCCAGAACCAGGUAACACCGACCUGCUCCUCUGCUUAUUGCAUAUUAAUGGAGAUGAGGGUUGACGUGUGCGUAGCAGGUGUAACGCUCACCAGCGCCGUCGCAUGCAAGAAGGAGGUCCUUUGUUAAAACAACUCAUUUGUGAAUUUAUGAGACCAAAGAACUAAGUCAAAUCACAGAAUGGUAGAAAACAAGCUGCUGUUUGUAGCAGCUCUCUGAAGUGAUUUGCAGCUGGACCUUGGGUUGACGUGGGCGACACAGAACCGGAGCUGAAGCUCUGAAGCCGGUCCGUGUGUUUCAGGCCAUGCAGUCCCUCACGCAGGAAAUCCAGAGCUUCUCGCGCGCGCGCCUCAGGAAGCAGUGCACGCGCGUGACGUCGCUGAGCGGCCGUCGCAUCAUCGAGACCUGGAAGGGUUCCACCAUCACCGUGGUUGAAGACCCGGCGCCCCCAGAGAAGACGCUGGGCUACGUCCCCGACACUUCCUGGGACCUGCAGGUGGGCCUGGUCAAGCCCUACCUGCUGCUGGGUUCUCAAGAUGCUGCUCAUGACUUUGGCACGUUGAGGAAACACAAGGUGUCUCACAUCCUGAACGUGGCCUUCGGGGUGGAGAACGCCUUUCCCGACUUGUUCAUCUAUAGGACGGUCAGCAUCCUGGACCAUCCCGACGCCGACCUGCUGCUGCACCUGCAGGACUGCUGCGACUUCAUCCAGCAGACGCGCCAGGAGAAAGGCGUGGUGCUGGUCCACUGUAACGCCGGCGUGUCACGGGCUCCGGCCGUGGUCGUCGGGUACCUGAUGUCGUGCGACGGCCAGGCCUUCGACGACGCCCUGUCUCGGGUCCAAUCAGCUCGACCCGCCUCGUCUCCCAACCCCGGCUUCCUGCAGCAGCUGAGGAGCUUCAAAACGCAGAUGAUAAACGGGUCCAAACGCUAAAUGGCGCUGAAAGACGUAGCAGACGUUGAACUGAUGAGGAGGAUGUUUUUAUCAGAGAAGGUUUAAUGGUUGAAACCAGUCGAGUUUGGAGAAUGUGGCGUUGAUUUAAUCACUGCCCGUGAAAAUGGACGAAUGAGUGAAAUGAAGGUGUGAAAACACGAUCUCAUUUAUCUCUUGAGGUUUGGGUUUAUGUGACAGUAUUUACUCUAAAACAUGUGACGCGUGUUCCUGUUGAUGGGUUUUGUUUGUUGUUGCUGUGGGAGGCUGCCACAAUAAAAGCAGAAUAAAGACUUGAGUAGAAGCAGAAUGCUCGUCCUGCAGAUGAUGUGAACACGAUCAACUUCCUCACGCUUCUGUUUCCUCUUCAUCCAUUCACACUUCCUGUGAGACGACAGUCAUCAGUCUGCUGCUACAGACACUAGGCCUGACUGGCCGAGAGACUACUGGAUGUGUGAGAGAGAGAGAGAGAGAGCACUGGGUAAGACAGACAUGCUGCAGCAGCACGUGGACGAGGAAGAGCACUGAUCCCGGGUCAGCUGACGGCUGCUGACCAUGGGCUCCUUCUGCUCGGCUCUGGACCCCAGGACGGUGGUGGUGUCGCUGAGGCCGCGGGAGGAGCUGGAGGAGACUGGGUCCGGUGAGACCGUGGUUUUCUGUGGUUUUCUGUUUCUAGUAGAACUUCACCACUUCUGCAGGGAUCUUGUUUUUUGUUAUCCUCGCUCUGAUGCUUUUUAUCCGACUUGUAGCGUCAAUGUAAGCGUCUAUUUAAACAUUUACAACACUGGAUUUAGUGAUUCAAGGAUGUUUAUUA